UGGAAUGGAAUUUGGAAGUUGCUUUGUGUAUAGAAAAACUAUAAACACGAUAUUUGUGUGAUAUUCCAUUUGAAGCCAACCUGAAGCCGUCGUUGAGUCAGUCGUAAUCAGCAGCUUUAGGAGAGUAGAUCGUGUGAAUAUGUUAGGACAUUUCGUUCUAUUUUUCACAUUAGUAUGUGUAACAAAAUGCGAACAUUCUCCUUCCGAUUCAUUGGGAGAUUUGUAUACAAUAUUGGAUCAAACAACAGAAUAUUUUCAUAAUCUCAGCAAUAUGUAUAAAGUAUUAAACGUUGAUACCUCGAAUAACAUUAACAAUGCAAUUAGCAAAUAUAUGGAAAAUACAACUCGAGCAAUUCAACAAAGAAGUGAGCGUCGAAGAAGGAGUGUUCAAAAUAAUUUAUCGCACAGUGAAGAUGUACUCGUAUUUCAAAAUUUUAAGGAGACUCUAUCUCUCAAUCUGACGGAAUUCCAGGACGUAGAUUUUUUUUCCACAAAAGAUGAAGAUCAACUAUUCUGGUUUGCUCUUAAUUCCUCAAACAUACUGCUCUUCCAGUUAAUUAACAACGAGCCGUAUCUUUUGGGAACGUAUUCGCAAUCCGCCGGGAAACGGAUAAUGGUGAAUAAUUACGGACCAGGUACGCUUGUAAUCGCGCAAAGGGACAACGACGCCAUUGUCAUUCUGCAUUGCGACAAAAAUGAAAGCGGAAAUUACGAGUUGCAAUUUAAGCAAGAGUUCGAAAUUCCCGGAGUUACGCACACGAACACGUGGCUCUUUAUGAAUCAAGUUUAUCUGGCGAUCGCUACAAAAACGAACAUCUUCGUGUACGCCUGGCUCGGUGAGCACUUCGACGUAAUCGACACGAUAACGUUCGGAGCGAGAAAAGUUCUGCUUUUUCAGAACAAGAGUUUCAUGCACAUUGUGGCUUUGGGUUUUCUAACGAAGAUAUUUCGAUUUUCCGUGCGCUCGAACAAAUUCAUUGAAACGCAAAGAUUGCGUUACGCCGAAGACGUCGAUUCGUUUUACCUCAAGGAAAGUCACUUCGAGGAGCGAUUUCUAAUUCUGACCGGCAACGAAUCCACGAUCUUGUACAAAGAGACCCACGAUCGCUUCGUGCCGUUUCAAAAAGUCGCCCCAACGAGAUACGUUCGUUCCUCAACAAUGGCGAACACCGUCGUUCUUUUUUUUGCCGAUGAAAACACCAUGAAAAUUUAUCAGUACAACGGUUGGAGAUUUUUAUUUUUAAGAUCGCACACCGAACCGUUCGAGAUCGGUCAAAUUCAUCGAAUUCGCUCGCACGGCGAAUACGUUUUGAUACGAAAUCAGAAUGGAGAAUGGAAGUUUCUGAAACCUAUUUGGGAGACGAAGAAAACAUGGAGAACGACGCAGAAUGAAAUCGACACUUGGUGUUCCGAGACGUUGAAAAAAAUAUCAUCGAAAACCUUUGGAAACGUAUCAAAUUCUCCGAACAAUCUUUUAAUGCAGAAUGCGUAUAUCGAUCGGCUUCGCGUUCGGAAUAUAAACGGACAAGAUGCAGACGAAUUGGUCCGCUUGACACGGCGAUGCAAAAUCACAAUUGACAAAUUGAAUCAGAUCGAAAGUCGUUUCGCGCGAGAAAUUAACGUUGACAAAAAUUCGGAAUCUAUGAUUAUACACGGCAAAAAACUCACAGUCAAGUGCAAGACAAAUUGUUACGUCAAUCGUUUGAUUACGAAGAGUCAAAUUAAAUACGAGAAUAUCAAAAACGUCAAACAAUCUGUUCGGAAGAGGUUCGAUACGACAAAAGUUAACACGAUAAAUAACUGGAAAUGUCCCGUUCCGAAUAUUAACGUGGACGAUGUAUUUGUGAAAGAAUCCGUUAACGGAAUAUCGAUGCAAAAAUUGGAGAAAGAAACGUUGAGAAUGUCGGGGGAUCAAAAUGUUUCAGGCAAACAUAUCUUCACCAAUUUAUACGCGACGAAUGUUUCAAUACCGUUAAAUAUCGUGACGAAGAACAACAAGAAGCAAAUAGUGCAAAUACAGGAGGCGAGAGUAAAAGAAUUGCGUCUGACUGAUGACAAUUUCUUUUUGCCUGUAAAUGGUUCCGCAAUUGUAAUGAAUCAUACGAUAACUGCUCCGAGAGUACGAGUCACAAGAACGAUCGAUUUGCAAGCUGGAAUAAAGGGCGAGGGACGUAAGAAGCUGGAACCCGUGAAGGAUAUUGUCACGUUCUUGACGUUAUCCGGCGAUCGGUUUCUGCAAAAUGUGACGUUCACCAACAUCGCCGAAGUUGGGGACGUUGUCAGAACACGAUCAGACGGACGAUCGCUGAAAGACAUCGUAGAAAAUAUCAUACCGUUAGAUUCCGAUGUUCCGACGCACCUGACGUUAUCCGGCAAUAAAACGUCGUGGAACAACGUAACUUUGUCGAGCUACAAUAAGACCUGGGUGACGAAGAAUUCAUCCGAGAUCGUCGUUAUUUCUGGGAAGAAAUCCGCGCGCAAUAUUGUUCUGACCGACACCACCUACGCGAAUCUUCCUCUUCCGAGAUUGACGAUUCCUUUGUGUGCUGCGAUAGUUAUCACUCCGGAAGUUACGACCUACUCAAUGACAAUUGACAAGCUGAAAGUGAAACAUUUAAACGUUUCGCACAUUUAUGAAGCCUAUGAUUUGAAUGCGACCGUUUUUGAGUUGGCGUCGACUUGGAACGACGUUGAUUUCUCAACGAAGCUAUUUACCGGACACGUUGUCGUAAAGAAUAUUUCGACAGCGAAGAUCAGAGGAAUGGAUGAAAUAGACUUCAGCUCGGUCCGAAUAUACGAGUGGUUGGAUGAAAAUCGUCUCAAAGGACCUUUGAGCAUUGAGAAGCUUUCUGUGAACAAUCUCGAAACGGCCUAUCUAAAUCUUUCUUUACCUACGAGGGUAGGAAACGUGGUCGUAAAAGCGGACAGCAAUAUCAAAAAGAUCAACAAUAUAGACAUACAACUCUUUAUGGAAAGUGUAGCGAAAGUGGAUGAUGCGAUAUCCUUGGAAUACGCAACGUUCGCUAAUAAUUUUACAUCGAACUAUGUAAGCGCUCUCCGAUCUACAUUAGAUUUUUCUUAUUUUGACGCGCCUUUACAUUUGCGCUCCAAACGGAUUUCCACUACUUUAGAAACAAAUGCAAUAAACGUGCCUGCGACUUAUUCUUUUGCGAGCGACGUUCCAUCGACAUUUAUUGUACAAGGCUCGGUUAGAUUUUUAAAAGAACCAACUGUGAAGAAUAUUAAGAAUAUAAAUCUCAAACAGUUAUCCGAAAAUUUAUGGAUGGCGGAUCGGGAUACCGUUGUAUCUGGUAGCAAUGUUUAUUUUACAAAUAUGAGUUUAAGAAACGCCGUAACGAUAACCGACAGACACCAUCCUGCAAAUUCGUUAUUUGUGAAAAUGUGGUUAGACUUGUCAGACAGAUUGUUGAGUAAAACGAGAAAACAACACAUCGCCACAGUUUUGUCGUUUAAAAACGUUCAGGUGCCUUCUAUUAUCGCUGCGAACAAUUCACGUAUCCGAUCUUCAGAUUUGGAAUUAAAUGAUUUGCUGGCCAACUCCUUGAUGAGAAACAAACUUUGGGCCGCACAAAGCGUGAAUAUUUCUUGGCGUUUUAAAGAAUUAGAGAUAAACAGUUUAGAUGGUAUUCGUUGGAACGGAAGAUUUAAUGACUUGGACUUAAAUACGGAUGUCGUUAGACGCGAUGCAAAAUACAAUGUUGUUACCGGAGAAAAGACAAUUUCAGGUCUGAUAGUUGAAGAUCUUUGGUCAUCGAAUAUCGAAUUCUCGCAAUUGGUUCACAACAGUCUAAGUCAUAAAUGUUACAACAAGCUAGUUGUAAUCAAAGGUCGGAAAACCUUUAUCAACAUCACUUUGAACAACUUGAGUGUUAAAGGAGCGAUUAUGGGUCGAAAGGUCGAGGAUAUGUUAUUAAAAUCCGGGAAUCAGAGAAUAUUCGGUAUCCAAAGAAUACAAGGCCAGUUUAACGUACCGACUCUUGUUACUAACAGCACCGUGAAUGACGUGGAUCUGUUCAAGUUAACAAACAUUCAAGUGAAGAAACAUAAAAAAGUGCAAACAAUAGAAGGCGAGCUCGAUUUCAGAAACGAUCUUGAAAUUCUUGGAAAUGUCAUCAUCGAUCAACUCUACGAAGGAAUAAAUUUAAAAGAUAACAGUCGAGAUAAAUUUGAUGUCGUCUUGGACAGAACAACGAAAAUUAUAAAGAUCACGGAAAACGUAUCGGCUGCGUUACAAAAUCGUGCAAUUUACGUGAAUAAAUUUGAAGCGACUGAUGAGAAUGCGUUCGAAGAUAUUUUUAACGCUUCUAACACCGAGAAUGUGACAGAUUCCAACAACAUAGAUCGCGCAAUUUACGUGAAUAAAUUUGAAGCGACUGAUGAGAAUGCGUUCGAAGAUAUUUUUAACGCUUCUAACGCCGAGAAUGUGACAGAUUCUAACAACAACUGUCUCGAGUCAAAUAAUAAUUCUUCACAUUGCAACAAUACUAAAUUACUAAAUAUUCUCGUCGGUAUAAAUGCCGGCGUGUUUAUGAAGAAGUUCGUACUGUUAGACGGUACGAUGUUUGUAACAGUAAUAUCAUCGGAUUUUGUCUCGAUUUCUUCGUACAACGAUACUGAAGACCGACUCGAUCAGAAAAUACGAUUGCACGUUCCCAAUAUACUUGAGGCAUCUGUUGAGUCGGUUGGCAAUUCGCUGUGGAUUAUUCUGCGUUUGGCGGAACAAACUUUGAUAUUGCGUUAUCAAACAUGGGACGAACUCGAACAAUACACUUUGCCAGGCUCGGACGUGUUCGUAACCAGUGUAACACCGAACAAUCAACAUCUGCUGAUACGAUCCGACGGUAUGUGGAGUUUCAAGGGAGCUUUUCGUCCCGAACACAUCUUUAAAGUGCCUUUGAACGGACAAAUACAGGUCUUUGCACAUCAAGCUGAUUACUAUGUUAAAGCGACAACUGAAAACAGUACAGUUGUUUUGAAAGUGAGGUACGUAGGUAAUUAAAAUAUUUCAAGCGUU